AUGGUGCUCAAAACAGAUAAUAAUCCUACCAAUUUGGUUGUUGAUCCAAAUUCAAAGUUUUUAGAAAUGAAAUCAGUUCAACCAUAUAAUUCAACAGACGAAUAUUUAUAUGCCAUGAAAGAAGAUCUUGCUGAAUGGAUAAGUUCAAUGUAUAAUGAAUCAAUAACGGCUAAUAAUUUUAUUGAAUGUUUAGAGAAUGGUGUAUUAUUGUGUAAGCAUGCCAAUAAUGUAAAUGAAGCAGCACGUAAUGCUUUGAAAUUAAAAUUAGUUGAUCGUUAUAGUACAAUAAUAACAAACGAAAAUUGUAUCUAUCGUGAGAAUAGUCGCGCACAGACAUUUAAUGCAAGAGACAAUGUAUCAAAUUUUAUCAAAUGGUGUAGAAAAGUUGGCGUUCGUGAAGUUUUAAUGUUUGAAUCAGAUGAUUUAAUAUUAAGAAAAAACGAAAAAAAUUUUUUAUUUUGUCUAUUAGAAAUUGCUCGUUACGGUGCAAAAUUUGGUGUUAGCGUACCAAAUAUUAUCAAAUUAGAAGAAGAAAUUGAAAAAGAAAUUCAACGCGAUAAACAAGAGGAGAUAAUGAGUUUUACAGAACUGCAACGUUUACAACGUUCGAUGAAAAAACACAGUAGCGGAAGUAUUAAAACAAGUCAUAAAUAUAAUAAACUUUUAAAUUUUGUACGAAAUGAAUAUCAAAAUGACAGUAAUACGACAAAUGAAACGUCACCGCCAUCGCCAACAUUAACGACACAAAUCUCUCCUACUGAUGAUAUAUACUCGAUUAAAACAACGCUCAUCGCAUCGGAUAAUAUUGAUUCUAAUGGUAUUCAAACGAAUUCAUCCUCCUUACCGUCGGCCACGCUACCAAAAUCGAACAAUUAUAAUACCUUCUCAUUGACUCAUUCGAAUGGUGCUAGUUGGCUAAGAUCAAAAAUUCCAAAAUUUUCAAAAAGACGUCGUAGCAGUGAAGAAAGUAAUGGUAGUAGUUCGAAUACCAUCACAUCGGUUGGAACAGAUACAACUAUUGUACAAAGUAGAACGCUGGGUGAAAGUUAUGAUACGGGUACGUCCAAUACAACAGAAAUCACUACACCAACAUCACAGUUACACAAAACGAUCGGUGAAGGAAAAUAUCGAAUUGGUCAAAGUGGAACCAUUGUUUUUAUACGAAUUUUACGAUAUCACGUUAUGGUACGAGUGGGCGGAGGAUGGGAUACACUAGAAAAUUAUUUAAAUAAACAUGAUCCUUGCCGUUGUAUCGGUCAUCGACGAAUAGAAUCACAAUGUGAACACAGUGAAACCCCGAUCAUGGCUGUACCGACUACUAUGAAACUGAAUGCAACAAAAACAUCGGGUGGACACACAGUUGCUCUUCGUACAGAAGAAUUUCCACUUCGUCCAACAAAUGCUAGCAGUGAUUUACGAGAUGCUGAACUAGUUAUCACGCGAGAUGCUGAUGGUCGCCAUCGAAUCGGACAAAUUGUUUACAAAUUUGAAGAUGACCUUGUAGAAUCGAAAAAUGAUCAUUCAGAGAAAUGUCAACAUUCUCACACUCAUCAGUACACUCCAACGAAAGAGAUCACACCAACCAAAAUAAAAGGUUUAAGUGCAAGAGGUACAGGAAUCGAAUCUGCAUUAAAUUACAACAAACAGACAACAACAUCUGAGAGCACAAUUUCACCACUAAAACCCGUACAAAACGAAGAAACAGUUAUACCACGUCCAACAGAGAAUCAAAGAGAAACUAAUGAGAUACCACAAAGUAAAACAGUGUCAAAUAAUGUAAAAUCCAGCAAUGGUAGGACGUCAGAUAUUAAUUCAGUUGAUAAUAAUAAAACAAAAUUUUCGGAUAAAAAUCGUCGAGAUUCUUCUGUCAAAAAAGCAAUUCCCAAUAAUAAAUCAUUUGUGCGAAAUCCGUCUCCUCCUACUAACACUGUUACGAAAGUGCCGAAGCCGAUUAUUAAAGAAAAAGAUCACUAUUCACGUCGUCGUACAGAACCAAUAAAUAAUGUACCGCCAUUGAUCAAAAAGGAUAAUCGAUAUUCCGAACAGAAACAAAUGGAAACGAUAGAGAAUACUGAUAGAACAGGUAAACGUUCGAUAAAAUUAUACUCUAAAAAAGCGAAUACCACUCAAUGCGUCACUGAACAUCCGAAAAUAUCUAUAACCGAUUAUGAUACAGGCAGCACACAAUAUAUCAAUGAUACUGAUGUUAUUAUUGAAAUGACGAGACCACGUUUACCACAUUAUUUUCAAUCCGAUGAAUCUUAUCAACGUAUAAUUAAAUAUUACGGUGACGAAGGUGGAAAUCGCUCUGGUAAUAUUCCAUUGGACGACAAUUCAUGUCAUUUGGAUAAACCAGUUGAAGAUACAAAUUGUCGUGCAAGUUAUUCGCCACCAAGUUCUCCUGAAUCGAAAAAACUAACAUUUGACAAAUUCAAUAAAAACGGUAUAACACAAGAUAAAUGUGAUGUAUUGAAUGCAUUCGAUCCGGUCGAAAAACAACAACAAGUUCUAAAACAACAACGUAUAACAGAAUCAAUCAUCUAUAAUAUAGACGGCUUUACUCAAGCGCAACAAAAUGAUUUUGAUUUGAACGAUAUUGAAGAUGCAAUGAUUGAAAUUAAACAAAAGCAGAAGACUGACUUGCACGAUGAUAAUAAUAAUAUGGACGAAGACAGCUUAGAGAGUUGUGAAGGUGUAAUUGAUGACAAAGUAAACAAUGAGGAAUCCAAAACCCUCACGGAACUAUUCGUAGAGCAAAAACAAAAACAUGUACAAUCUCAAAAACGAACAUCUAUACCAAAAACGAACGCAAAUAAACCUUUUCAUACAACAUUAACUUAUUCUCGAUCAAGUACAAUGCCCGAUGUGGUUGCGGCUGUAGAGGAAGAAAAAAAUUCAAAGCGAAGAGGACGUCAGUCGUUUACCACAAACAUAAGAAACAAGAAACGAAGUGAUUCAGUCCACUCUAAUGCUAGCCUUCGAACAACAGCAACACCCACAAUAACGAAUAAAUCACCGCGUCUUUCACUCAGUGAACAGAGACGGCGUUGCCAGUCAACCGAAAUACUCUCAAGUGAAACGAAAAAUAAUAAUAUGAAACAUCGUUCAAAUCAUCUAGCGUAUGAUCGAGAUUCGGGUUUUGACGAACAAGAUUUUCGACGAGAACGAUUACGUUCUGAAGAUGAUUCAUCAUCACUCAUUAGUGGUGGUAGUACUUUUCGAUUAUCAUACGGUGACGCUAAAUAUCGUGAAAAUAAAGCGUAUGAACUGCGUUUGAAAGCAUUAGACUUUACAAAACUUUUGAACGAACAAACGGUUCAUGAACCACGUUUACAGUCGUUACAUAAUAAACGAAAUUAUAAUUAUGCUGAAACAAAAGGCAGUGAAGUCAUUUAUGGGACAACGCCAAGAAUACGUCUGAAUGGAAAAUAUCAUAAAAAUGGUGAUAAUUAUCUCACAAUGAAAAUGCUACAAAAGCACAACGACAACAUUGAUCAACCACCAGCAAAUGAAUUUUUUAUAAAUAGAAAUAAAUUUUAUUCAGCAGACGACACGGACGGUGAUGUUUUUUUGCAGGAUACUACAUCGUCUGCUAAAUAA